CUUGAGAGGGGAAGCAGGGGAACGACUCUACAAUUUCUCCGCUCUCUCUACCGGCAGUAACCGGACCCUGCGACUUCCCUCCGGGAGACAGGAGAAAGUUGGGGAGGGAAAAGGGGAGGAGAGGAGAGACGAGAGACGAAGGAAGGGAAUGCAUUUUACUCGGAGGUUCGGAUACAAACCAAUACGCCCUUAAACACAGGAUUUUUUAUUCUGCUUAUACAGUUCAUCCCUCUCUACUGUUUUACCCGUGCUUUAUAUUUGCGAUCUGGCUUCGACCGAAGGAGCAGAACGUUGGAGCGCGGAAGGUGCCAUAUUAUAAGAAACUUUGCCGUUUUUUCACUAGCCUCGUGCCCGCUACAUUCUUGGGUGUAACGUUUCUGUGAUAUUCAUAUGAUUUCGCUGUGGAAGCGAACGACCAUUUGAUUGCCACGGGAUAACGAAAACACCCGGAGCGCAUCUUUAAAACCAUAAUCAUCCAGCAUCCUCUAAUGUGGCGAGUGGUCAGGGUUUGAUCCUGGGUAGUUCACGAUGGCUGCUUCGGGCGGACAAAAGAGCGAGAAGUUGGAUGAAGCGCAAGCUCUGGCCAGGAGCUGCGCAGGCAGACCGGACUUUCUUCCCUGCGACGGGCUGUCCAUAUGCGCCACGCACAGCCACGGAAAGUGCUUCAAGCUGCACUGGUGCUGUCAUUUGGGAUGGUGCCACUGUAAAUAUGUGUACCAGCCGAUGACCACGGUCGUCAAGCUUCCCAGCACCCCAGUGCCUGCUACGCCUUCUGGCCACGCCCACUCCAUUGACCUGUCCAUCUCAUUGGUGGAGCGCUUCCUGCGGAAUGCCCCGGCCUUCCGCGCCCCACCCUGCCUGGACUCGCCCAAGUUCUGCGUCAUCUCCGACCUCUUCGUGGACGACUACGUCGUCAAGCGCAUCAACGGGAAGAUGUGCUAUGUGCAGCGGGCGCAGCCGGCUCCGCCUCAGCCUCAGCCCCAGCCCCACCCCCACGUGCCCCCACCUCCGUCCCCAUCUCGGCAUCCUCAGCCCCCCCCUCACCCACUCCCUCAGCGGCCUCCCAAGCAGGUCACCCUGCAGAAAGAGCACAGGGGCACCAGGCAUCUGACUAGGGGGGACAAGCCCAAGUCGGUCCUGGGUCCUAAAAUGGACCACUGCUCCUCGCCCUCCAGCUCUGAGGACUCGGGGAUCAAUGCUCUCGGCGUGCACUACAUGGAGUCGUGCGAUGAAGACUCCUGCGAAGACGAGGACGACGAGGAUGAGGAUGACGAAGACGACGAAGAUGAGCUGAGCAGUGACGGAGACUCCAGCCCCACUAGCCUGUGGGAACAGGACGGCUGCACGCUGCUGUCGCCGUCAAAGUCCAUCGUGGAGAUCAUUGAGAAGAUCGAGACGACUGUUUGACCAUAUCUCAUUCACAAGCCACCCACGCUAUCUCUCCUGUCACAUGCAUACACAUAGCGGUGUGCACGCCUACAUUAUAUCCCUUCCACCUGCCUGCAUUCAUAUAUUAACACAGAGUUGACCAUAGAUUUUCAUCUGAGUUCAUCAUCUUUAUCAAUUCUCCUUUGUUUGCUACCCUAGGCUACGCUAAGGCAGAGAGCAAGAGAAUAAUAUGGAUAUAAUGGAGAUAAUAUAAAUAUACACGCCUUGAUCAGAUACCGUAGCAUCUAAUGUGACCAAACAGCACCACAGUCUGCUGGACCACAACAGUUUGCAAAGUGUUCUCAAAGAUCUGAGGAGAAGUCACUCCGCUGAAGCGGGUUGUUGAGACUACAGCUCUCUCACAGGGAAAAAAAUGAAUGACUUUACACUUAAAGCACAGAAUCAAAGAGUGGGUGAUGCAAUAGCAAGAGAGAGAGAGAGAGAGAGAGAGAGAGAGAGAGAGAAGAAGAGAGAGAGAUGUAGAUAGAGAGAGACGGAAAGAGAGAGGUUGUUUUUCAAGCUCUCACAAGGGGUGUGCUUCAGAACAGAGGCUAAAUCAUGCAUGAGGACUGAAGAUGGUAAUGAAGCAUUAUGAUGAAAGUGGGCCGAAGCGCAGCACUCUGAGAGGUCUGCCCAAACCCCCCCCCAUGGUGUCCUCAGAACAACGAACAACCCUCCUCAUCACCCGUGUGAUUUAGCCAAAGAGGCCACGUGCACAGUCCAAACACCAAACACCCCCACAACAAGCCUGUGUGUGUGUGCACAUGUGUGUAUUCUAAGUGGCUUGUCAGCCAUUAAAUCACUUUACUAUGGGCUCCAUAUCUGCGUUCUAGGCUUCUUGACAAUCAAUUGAGAUUAAUGAUUAAUGACUGUGACAGAAGCCUGCUUUAUUGUUCACGGAUGUACUGCAGAUGGCAUCUUUCUUCACCAAGACUCAACUGCUGUCUGGGAAAAUCUUGACCUUCCAGUUCAAGAUCUUCAUCCAGUGGUCCAACAGCCUACGCCUUUUUACACCCAGCCUCCCUGUGCACAAGGAAUUGGAAUAUGCCACUGGCAUCUGUCAUUUGGGUCAGCAUGUUUUCAAGUGUUUGGGAGGAAUAAUCUAAGAUACCUGGAAAUAACCUUAUGCUUGGUCUCUUGGAACUACCGCUGACAACCCAGCAAUUCUGCACACAUGUAGGAGCAUCGGAUUGAGAUUAUUCUCUCUUAUUCUCUGCCUAUACUUAAAUGCAUUGUGAAGAAAUUGAUCUGAACUUGAGGAUUUAAUCUGAUGUUUAACCAUUGAGCAUUCUCUUGUGAGAAACCUAUACAAUAAAACUCCUUAAAAAUUGUAUGAAGAGAACUAGAGUAAGCUCUGGCUGCUUUUAAAAGUUAACCGCAGACAAUGGCGAGUCUGAAGUAAUUGAGUUUUACCAACUGUUUUCCAAAAAUGGAAGUUAACAAUCCCAGUGGUGCUCAGUGAUGACUCACCUGCAUGUGUUCCAUGGCCUCAGUCAGUUACCUAGUUGCACAAAGUCCCAGUAGUUUAUAAGCACAGAGUUUUGCCACUGCCUGAGCAGCAGCUGCCAUUUUGAUGGUUGUUUACACAGAAACUCAAUUGGGCCCUUGACAGAUCCCUGAGGAACUUUAGGCACAAUAAUUUCCUUGUGUGGAUAUAUUUUUGCCUCCAUGGAUGUGGAUGGCUGAGAGUAUUUCCCAUUCUUUUUUUGCUAUGUUUUCUUCAGGGACAAAUAAUCGUAGCUAUGAACCUACUCUCUAGAUACACAUGUUUAUCUCAAACAACAGAAGACAUCCUCCUUUUCUUAUGAUAUCUAUUGUUGUUAACUUAUCUCUUAUUUUUCUGAUAAACAGAUUUAAAACCUUAAA